CAGGAGGAGGAGGCGGAAGCACGCCCGGACGAUCAACGUGCGCCAUUCCAAGAGCCAGGACAAGGGGGCUCGGAGGCAGGCGCCGUAGUCCGGCAAGAGGGGUCGGAGGAGAGGGGGGAGAGGAUGCAGCCCUACGGCCAGCGCCAAGAGGCACCCCCAGUGGUCGCGUACACGGGCAGUGACGAGAAUGACGUGGAGGACUCUGAGGUGGCGCGGGCCACGAAAAAAGAGGACAUGGGACCAGGAAGUGACGCCGAGGAAGGGCAUGGAGAAGGUGUGGCGCUGGAUGGCUCGAGGGGGCCAGGAGCUGGGCAAGGCGCGGCGCCUCCACCCUCCUCCCUCUCGGUCCCCCGGCCCAUCAGCAGCACGCUCAGCAAGGGGGAAAGCAUGGGGCCCGUCAACGUGCUGUGGGACGCGCAGCAAACACAAGCGUCUGUGGCCCCCGCGGCCCCGCCUUCUCUGCCCGCCCGCUCCGCCACCGAUGACUCCGCCCCGCCCCUCCAAAGCGUACCCGGAGGAAGGCUCCUCAAGCCCGAGGUCGGGCUCCCGGUCGUCCCGUCCCAGGUGGCCUCCCUCCCGCCCUCAACAUCCUCUCAGGUCACACCCUCCCAGCCCCCCACCCUCCCCGCCUACGGCUCCAAUGUGACCACCAUGGACGGGGUGGCCCCCGGGUGCAACUGCAAACGCAGCCGGUGCCUGAAAUUGUACUGCCAGUGCUUCGCCGCCCAGGCGUUCUGCAUUCCCUCUUGCAAUUGUCAGAACUGUUUGAACACGGCAGGUCAGAACCAUCUGAGGGCGGAGGCAAUUCGGCAAAUCAUGGAGCGUAACCCCAACGCCUUCCAGACCAAGUUCCGGCCGAACGGAGAGGACGCUGUGCAUAAGAUGGGCUGCAAAUGCCGCAAGUCCGCCUGCCUAAAGAAAUACUGCGAGUGUUUCAACGCCGGGGCCCGGUGCUCCGACAAGUGUUCCUGCGUAGGCUGUCAGAAUGUGGCAGGCCUGGGGCGCCCCUACGAGGAAGCAGUUAUGGCGGCCCGUCGAGGGGCCACAGCGGCGCGGCAAGCGGCCCAGCAAGUGGGACAAAACCCGGCUUUGGCCACGCCCCAGCCCCACAUGAUGGCUUCCAUGGUAGCUGCUGCCCUGCGCCAGCAGCAACAGCAGCAGGUGCUGCCGGAGGUGACGGGGGAGGGAGUCGGCGGAGGCGGGGGUGUGAAGGAGCGUGGAUCCGGGGGGGGGGCUCCUCCCCGUCCUCCAAGCGCCGACGGAGCGGCAGCAGCGGGGCGGUCCCGGCGUUGGGAAGCAACCAGGGGCUCGCCGACCAACAAAUGCCCUUCUUUCACCGGUCGCUCAUGUCCCCAACCCCCACCAGUCAGCGGACGUCGCCCCUCCAAGGACAUCCGGCCCAGGCAGGGCAGCCGGACUUCUCCGCGCAGGGGCUCUUCUCCCUCCCUCCCGGCCUCCAACCCCACCACAGCCCGCAUCCAGGGCUCCUGCCCUUCUUCUCCCCUGGACAACCCGUGCCCCCGGGCUUCUUUGAGCAGCACGCCUUACUGGCCUCGCAAAACCUACAACAACACCAACAGCAACAACAGCAUCAGCAGCAUCAGCAGCAGCUGGAAUUCAUUCAGCGGCAACAGGCGCAAGCACAAGCGCAAUUUUUCCAGCAACUGGCUGCCCAACAGCAACAACAGCAGCAACAAAUGCAACAACAUCCCCUUCACCAGUCCCUCUCGCCCACGCAGCUCCUGUUGUUGCAAGCUCAGCAACAGCAGCAGCUCCUACAGCAACAGCAAGCGGCCGGAGGAGGGGGAGGAGCGGGAG